UAUUGCUAUAUAUUACGAGUGGUUUAAUAUUUCCUUUCAAUGGAGAACCAUGACGAGUUAGUUUCGCAAUUUAUAGAUACAACUGGGGUUGAACCUGAAGAAGCACGAUUUUAUCUUGAGUUAUCUAAUUGGCAGCUUGAGGUUGCUCUUGACACAUUUUAUUAUCCUCUUGCUUUACCUUCAUUGUCUAAUGAACCUACUGAAGGUACAUCAGAAGAAGAACGUACUGAUAUUUCAGAUAAAAACGCAGGAAGUGUAAAAUCAUCAGAAAUGGAAGGAAAAUCAUCAAAAGAAAAAAUAAAACCAAAAUCUAAAUUUGCAAUGCUUAGUGAUCUUAAAGAUAGAGAGAGUAGUCCUGAGGAUGAAGAAGGUCAAGCAUUUUAUGCUGGUGGUUCUGAACAUACUGGACAACAAAUUCUAGGACCAGGAAAGAAAAAGGAUAUUGUUAGUGAUAUGUUUAAAUCUUGUCAGAGACAAUCAAUUGCUGUAGAAUCAAAACCAAGUGGACAACAAAGACCAAAUACCUUUAGUGGUACUGGAUAUAAAUUAGGUCAAACUAGUUCAGAUACUGAAAUUGUUACUGCUACAACAUCUAAUAAUCAACAGACAAAUUCUGGAUUAAUUACUUUGAAAUUAUGGAAAGAUGGAUUUACUAUAAAUGAUUCUGAACUUCGGUUGUAUACUGAUCCAGAAAAUAGAGAAUUUCUUGAGACUAUAAAACGAGGUGAAAUACCAGCAGAAAUACGUCAAGAGAUACAAGGUACUGAAGCACGACUUGAUAUGGAAGAUCAUCAUCAUGAAACAUAUGUUCCUCCAAAAGUUAAAGUGAAAGCUUUUAGUGGAAAAGGACAUAUGUUAGGAAGUCCUUCUCCAGCUACAGUUGGUAUGACAAUACCAACAGAUCUUGCAGAUCAAGCAGCAAAUGAAUCUCAGGCAAAACAAAAAUUAAAUUUAGAUGAAUCAAAACCUGUGACAACAUUACAAAUUCGUCUUGCUGAUGGGACUAGUGUAAAAGCUCAAUUUAAUUUAACUCAUACUAUUAAUGAUUUGAGGCAAUAUAUAAUAACUAUGAGACCUCAAUAUGCUAUGAGAGAAUUUAAUUUAUUAACAAUGUAUCCUACUAAGGAACUCACAGAAGAUAAAACUAUUGAAGAAGCUGGUUUACAAAAUACAACAAUAAUUCAACGACUGAAGUAAAUGUCUUCUUUAGAGCCUUAAUUAUGGAAGUUUAAGUGAUGUAUUGAUUAGAGAAUUCUUAAAUAUACAUUGAAAUAUUUGAAAAACACAUUUCAACACAUUUUAGUAAUUGAAUGGCACUUUACUAUCGUUUAUUUUAAUUUUAAGUACAGUUUUUGUUGUAUAAUGUUAUUUUUUCUAAUACAAAAAAUAUUUUAUUAAAAACAAAUCUAUUAUUAAAAUUUCAAUUAAUAUAAAGUAAAAUUACAAAACCUUUGUAAAGUUUGCAAUAAAAUCAUUCAAUUUAUAUGUA